AUGGAGAUGAACUAUGAUGAAGGCGCUCUCCAUCAAAUUGAGGAGGAGCUGGGAACAACCAUCUAUCCGGGCACGGAGAUCAUGGCUGAUGUGGGCACACAUCAUUUUGUGAAGUCCUCAGCGAAGUCUAGCCGGGUUCUGGUGCCCCAACCUUCGCAGGAUCCUCAUGAUCCCCUGAACUGGAGCCCGUUUUGGAAGAUGAGCGUGAUGGCCAUUACCACGGCAACAUCAUUCAGUCAGGGCUUGGGACCUCUGGCGUUGGCCCCUAUGUUUCCACAACUAAUGGAAUCAUUUGAUUCUGAUCUCCCGGGCGUUAUGCAAUUUACAGGAAUCUGCAUUUUGGUGCUAGGAUUUAGCAAUUUCUUCUGGAUUCCCCUUCAAACAUGCUACGGUCGACGACCUGUCCUGAUAUUUUCAACCCUCAUCUGCCUCAUUAGCAAUAUCUGGCGUGCAGUAGCAACCAGUUACGGCAGUUAUAUAGGCGCUUGUGUGCUUAAUGGAUUUGGUGCCGGUCCCGCAGAGACUUCUCAACCCGAGGUUACCGCUGAUAUUAUAUUCCUCCACGAGCGUGGCGCGUACAACACUUUGUAUUUCACAGCGUACUUUGGUUCAAUGAUACGCAGCUUCUUUUGGUUGAACGUGGGUCUCCUAGGCCUCGUGCUCAUCUUGCAGAUUGCCCUCUUCCCCGAAACUAAAUGGCACCGUGUUCACCCUAAUGAGGCACAUGGGGCACCAAAUACAGACCAGAAGACAAAUGAGUCAGAUCCUGAGAAGUUGGUCGAAGUAUCACAGCAUGAGAAUAUCCAAAUGGAAGUCCAUUCUGACCAGGAUCCAUAUCUGCACCGUGGUGGUCCUUCGAAGCAGCAAUUCAAGCUAUGGCAGGUAGAUGGUGUUACCUUCAAAUCUGUCCUUAACAGCUUCUGGAUUCCCUGGAAAAUGUUGACAUUCCCUAUCGUUAUGUUUUCUGCCUUUGUUGUGUCUUGGACGUCAAGUUGCUUCUUGACACUUAAUCUUACGCAAAGCCAAGCCUUCGCAAAGCCACCAUAUAACUUUGACAGCCAGACCAUCGGGUUUUUCAACUUCGCCAUUUUGAUUGGAGCAUUUAUUGGGCUGGCAACCAAUGGUCCUUUUUCGGAUUGGAUUUCUAUGAGAGCGACUCGCAAAAACAAUGGUGUUCGAGAGCCGGAAAUGCGUCUACCGGCCAUGGCAGUCUAUGUUGUGAUUAUGAUCAUUGGCAAUUUCGUUGUUGCGUUUGGAUAUGAAUAUAAAUGGGAUUGGCGGGCAAUUGUAAUUAUUGGGUAUACUGCAGCUGGUAUCCAGGUUGCAGUUCUACCAGCCAUCGCCAGUACCUACGCCGUCGACAGCUAUAAGCCUGUUGCAGGCUCGAUUUUCGUGUCUAUUACUGUGAAUAAGAAUUUGUGGGGAUAUGGCUUCAGCAAUUUCAUCACUAAAUGGGUCGAGGAAAAUGGAUUUAUCAAGCCCAUUAUGAUGAAUAUGUGUUUGUGCACGGUGUGGUGUCUCUUUGCGAUCCCAUUCUACUUUUACGGGAAGAAAUUCAGAGGGUGGACCGCCAAGUCCUCUGUACACAAGCUAUAA